UAGGGGAAGUUCGCCUAACGCCGGACGGCACCUAUUGCCGGACACAACAAAUAUCUAUACAUAUAGAAACGCGACAGAAAACGCUAUAGUGGCAAAAGGAGAAAGGGAGGGAGUAAUAACCUUGGACCUAGCGACACGCUUUUGCGACACGCAGUAAACAAAUAGGAACUAUCAAUCGUUGCGCUCGGAAGAAAAAAAUUGUACUGCGUAAAUUUUAGAAGAGUAUAUUAUCAAAACUCUUGUGAUUAAAUAUUGACUUAUAUUUUUAUUAAGUAAUUUGAAAAACCUAGGAGGCAUUAUGGAGAAUAAAAAGAAAGGAUCAUGGGAUAAGGAUAAUUUGAAAACUGCUCUUGAUAAAGUUUUGUCAAAAAAAAUGGGACUGAGAGAAGCUGCACUAAAGUAUAGUAUUCCUAAAAGCACUUUACAUGACAAAAUAACCUGCCUAAAGUCCGGUGAAGAAAUUGCAUUGCAGCCUAAGCUUGGUAGAUUCACCAAAACAUUCCUACCAGAAUAUGAAGAACAAUUAUUGAACCAUGUAAAAGACUUAUCUAAUCGAUGUUUGCCACUUAUGAAAAAAGAAUUUUUAAAGUUGGCAUAUGACUUAGCUGUAGAGCUAAAGCUUCCUCAUCGCUUCAACACUGAAAAAAGAACAGCUGGUAAACAUUUUUACUAUGAUUUUAUGGCUAGACAUCCUGAUUUAUCACUAAGAACACCCGAGUCUACGAGUAUGAUGCGAGCUGUAGGUUUUAAUAAGCUGCAGGUAGAUUUGUUCUUCUCAAAUCUUGAAAAACUCAUGAAUCAAUAUAAUUUUCCUCCUUCUAACAUAUAUAAUUGUGACGAAACGGGAGUUAGCUGCGUACAAAAACAUCAAAAAGUUUUAGCUCCAAAAGCUGUACGCCAAGUAGGAAAGCUUACUUCAGCUGAAAGAGGCAAGAACAUUACAAUCAUGUUUUGCAUGAGUGCUAAUGGAUAUUUCAUACCACCGUUUUUUAUCUUUCCAAGAAUGAAAAUGAAUGAACGCCUUAUGAUUAAUGCUCCCUCACAGAGUGAAGGUGUCGCUCAACCAAAAGGUUGGAUGAAUAGUGACUUUUUCUGUCAAUGGUUAAAACAUUUUGAGAAAUUCUCACAUCCUUCAAAAGAAUCACCUGUGCUUCUUCUCCUAGAUGGUCAUAGCAGCCAUAAAUCAUUGGAUGUCAUAAAUUUUUGUAGAGAACAUAACAUUCACUUAAUUAGUUCACCACCGCACACAACUCACAAAUUGCAACCUCUUGAUAGAACUUUUAUGAAGCCCUUCAAAAAUGCUUACCAUGAGCGAUGUGACAUGUGGAUGAGAGCAAACGCAGGAGCACGAAUAACUGAUUAUGAUAUUGCAGGCCUUGUUGGUGAAGCGUUCACAAAAGUAGCUCGAUUAGACAUUGCGGUGUCUGGUUUUAAAUGCACAGGAAUUUAUCCGUUUGAUAAAAAUAUAUUUUCAGAUAUUGAUUAUCUACCAAGUGAUAUGACAAACGUUCCAUUAGAAGAAAUAAGGACUCAGACCGCUCCUGUAGCUUCCAAAGUCUUAGAUGCUGUUCCUGUUCGUGACACACAAAUGACAAAAGAAAUCCAUCCGUCUACUAGUUCUGUUCCAGAUAUUUCCAAAAAUUUAUUGAAGUUAUCCCCGUUUCCCGAUGCUGCAAAGAAGCGUUCCGAAGCAAGGAAGAGAAAAUCCGAAAAAAGUCAAAUUCUCACUUCAUCUCCGUAUAAAAUAUUAGUUGAAGAAAAAGAGAAUGAAAGAAAAGGUAAAAAAGCAAAGAAGAGCCUUGAAGAGCUAUAUAAAGAAACUAAUUUACCUGAUAAGAAAAAAAGAAACAAAGCACCGAAAACAAACAGCAGUGGCACAUUUAUCCGGGCCUGA